AUGCGAGCUCCUCACCUCUUCAUGGCCGCCCUCGCGGCCAACCUCGCAACAGCGGUGCCCCAGGGUCCUAGUAGCCCUCAGUACAAGAAUAUAAUGCCCCUCCCAACCCAACGAACCAACAACCUCAAUCUGCCCAUGCGAGCCAGCCAUCCCAUGAUGCGAGUCGACGAGCCCGACCAGCAGCUCACGCCCACCCCGACCCCAACCGACGACCCCCGCGUCGUCACCGAGCUUAUCACCGAGACUAGCACAACCUGCAACUGCGAGACGAACAAGGCGUCGGCGUCUGCCUCGUCGGUGCCGUGGGCAGGACACGUCCCGCUCAGCAGCCAGGCAGUUUAUGGGGAGAGCUCUCGCCCUACUUCCGGUUCGAGUUCUUGGUCGAGCGUGGGUGUUGUGCCGAGUCCUUGGGCGGAGAAUCCGUCUGCGGAUGAGUCUAGUGGACGCGACGAGGCUACACCCACAGCUGAGUCUGAGCCCAGUGGAAGCGACGAGGCUACACCCACAGCUGAGUCUGAGCCCAGUGGAAGCGACGAGGCUACGCCCGCAGCUGAGUCCGAGCCCAGUGGGAGUGAUGAAGCUACACCCGCAGCUGAGUCCGAGUCUAGUGUUAGGGUGUUCGGUCCUGCCUCGAGUGCCAAUGUGCCUGCUGUGGAGUCUAGCGCCGGAGUGUUUGGUCCUGCGACUAGUAACACUGUCAGGACUUCGUCUGCGGCUGCUCAUGGUACUGUUUCAGUGUAUUCGUCUAAGGGGGCGAGUGCUGCGACUCCUUCGCCGGAGUCGAGCGUGCGAGUGUUUGCGCCUGCGUUUAGUCCGAAUGUAGAUAGUAUCCCGGCGGCUGCGUCUAGUGAGGGAGUCUUCGGCCGUCCAUCCAGUGAGGCAGCGAAGGCUACGCCUGUCGCCGAGUCUAGUGUCCGAGUAUUCGGUCCAGCAUCUAGCGCAAACUCGGAGGCUACACCUGCCGCUACCUCCAGCCAGGGAGUCAUCCGUCCUGGUCCUAGCGAGACCGUGAGGGGUGAACCUGCGGCUGAAUCUAGUGAGGUUGCAAAGGCCACACCCGCAGCUGAGUCUAGUGUGCGAGUGUUCGGACCCGCAUCUAGCGCCAACUCGGAGGCCACGCCUGUCGCUGCAGCAUCCAGCGAGACAGCCUAUGGUGCUGAGAGCACUCCUUCUGGAUCAAGCGUACGGGUAUUCGGUCCAGCAUCUAGUGAAAACGCGCACGCUACGCCCGGAGCCUGGUCUACUGUGUUCGGACACGCAUCCAGCGCGAAGGCUACGCCUACCACUGCGUCCAGUGGGUGGGUGCAUGGCCCUGCAUCCAGUGCGACUCCAUCGCAUGCAUUGUUCGGUACGCAGGCGGCUGCGCCGAGUGGGGCCGAUCCUCUGGGAAGCGGUGCGCCCAGUGGUACACCCAGUGGUCGGCCGGAGCAGUUCCAGACGUUCCAGGGCGCCGCGUCGGAGAAGAUGGUGCCUGGGCUUGCUAUGGUGGGACUUUCGGGCUUGCUGGGAGCUUGGUUGGUUCUCUAG